AAAUGUGGAUGCUCUCGGUAGAAAUAUACCCCGAGAUACAUUGUAUGUAAAGUGCUUUCUCUUUUUCCCCAGAUGAAAGAAACAAUUAUGAAUCAAGAAAAACUUGCUAAGCUGCAGGCGCAGGUCCGCAUCGGCGGAAAGGGUAGCGCUCGCAGGAAGAAGAAGGUUGUACACAGAACGGCGACCGCAGACGACAAGAAGCUGCAGUUCUCCUUAAAGAAGCUCGGUGUCAACAACAUCUCUGGAAUCGAGGAGGUUAACAUGUUUACAAAUCAGGGAACAGUCAUCCACUUCAACAACCCCAAAGUGCAGGCCUCCCUCGCAGCCAACACCUUCACCAUCACCGGCCACGCUGAGACCAAGCAGCUGACGGAGAUGCUGCCCGGGAUCCUGAACCAGCUGGGAGCCGACAGCCUGACGAGCCUCAGGAGACUCGCCGAGGCUCUGCCCAAACAGGCACUAGAUGGAAAAGCGCCGAUUGCAACGGUAGAAGAAGAAGACGAGGACGACGACGUUCCAGAUCUGGUGGAGAAUUUCGACGAGGCGUCCAAGGAUGAGGCUAACUAGAGGAAACGGGACUCCCUGAAGUGUCAGAGCCCGACAGGACCGUGUGAGGCCCGAGAUGUUUUUCUGUCUAUUUCGAGGGGUGGAGAGCUGAUCGUUAAAGUACCCGAGAAGAUGAAAUGUCCGUCAACUUUUGGCUGUGAGCAUUCUGUCAAAUGUGCAACACCUGAAGGACGUACCUGCCUACUCCUAGGAAUCAUUUGAGUCAUUUUCUAGAAUAGGACUCUGAUGUAUUGAAACCGGGGGGGAAGCGGUAUCCAAGCAAAAGGCAUUUUAGUACUCAUUCCACCAGACUCUCCACAUGCUUGUUGUGCUCCCUUUGUCCCGUUAGUGAGAGAUUGUGUGUAAAAUGUGGUUUUUAAGGCUCCCGCUGUACAUCUGUUACUAAACCUUGAUUCCUUUGCGGCCUCGUUCAAACCAUCAUAUCUGGAAUAAACCUUUGCUACUGUCAUAAAAAUA